AUGGACGCUCCCUUCAAGAAGAUUCUGUCUUUCGGUGGUUGGGCUGAAUCAACCGACGCCGCGACAUUCGAGCGUUAUCGUGAUGUGAGUUUUGACGGCGUUGAUAUUGACUGGGAAUAUCCCGGUGCGACUGAUCAGGGUAUCCCCGCUGGCGACAGGACAGAUGGUCUCUACUACCACCGCUUCCUAACCGUACUCCGAAAUCUGCUGCCAUCAAGCAAGUCGCCGUCCAUUGCCUUGCCCGGUUCUUUCUGGUAUUUGAAGCAAUUCCCUGUUGAGGAUAUGGCUAAGGUGCUGGACUAUUUUAUCUUCAUGACCUAUGACUUGCACGGACAGUGGAACCAUGGCAACAAAUUUGCCAGUCCCAGCUGCGAGACUGGCAAUUGUCUACGAUCUCAUGUCAACCGUACCGAAACCCGCAACUCACUCAGCAUGAUCACCAAGUCUGGUGUUCCAGCUGGAAAGGUUAUUGUCGGCAUCGCAAGUUAUGGCCGAAGUUUCCGCAUGGCGGACAAGAGUUGCACAGGGCCUCAUUGCCUUUUCACUGGAUCUUUCUCCGUGUCUGAGGCUGAGCCUGGCCGAUGUACCGAUACCGGUAGCUACAUUUCGAAUGCUGAGCUGGACGAGAUCUGGGAUAUGGCGGGUGAAGGUGUUGAGGAACUCUCGGCUAAAAGAUGGCAUGACACCAAGACACAUUCUGAUAUCAUGACGUACGGUACAAAGGGUAACGGUAUGACGGACUGGGUCGCGUACAUGAGCGACAAGACCAAGGAGGAACGCAUAGCAUGGGUCAAAACGCUCAACUUUGGCGGCACCACGGACUGGGCCAUUGAUCUGGCAGGCUACUUUGAAGGGCCUAGCAAGAAAGAUGGAACGUCCAACGGCGGCUGGUCAGAUUUCAAGGCCGAUGAUCUCACCUGCGACUCAAAGAACUGGCCAAGCACUCUGGAGAAGCUGGCCAAUAACGUUGACAGCAUCAACGCAAACUGCCGUUCUUUGGCUCUCAUGAACAUUCUCAUCAAGGAUCUUAUUGUGGCUGUUGAGGAGGUAUCCAAGAACUUUAAUGACGCUUUCGGUUGGUACGCCGACCGUGUUAAGGAUUUCAUCGACGACCGUAUCGAAGAGUUUUUGGCGCCAGGACGCGGCAAGGGUUUGAAGUAUAUGGACUGCGAGUGGAAGAGCAGAAAAGGUAGUGACAAGGGUCGCUGUGAUGAGACAUGGCCACCUGUUGCUCCAGGCCCAUCACCUGGUCCACGAGUUGUAUGGUAUACCAUGCGAGAUGAAAAGGGUUUUUACGCCGCUCUUCUCACCGAGGCAGGUAUCGAGAAGGACUGGGUUGAAUAG